AUGACAACAUAUUCUUACUUGAUUUUUCUAUUAGAAUCUGCGUUUUAUUCAAUUUUAGAAAAAAAUAAGCUUAAGUCAUUAAACCUUGAAAUAUCAUCAGAAGAUGAAAAACAUAUCAAUAAAACAAUGAAAGCUAUAAAGGAAAGAAUCUAUAAAAUUGAACAAGAGCAAUCUGAUUUUGAAAAUAAUGUUAAUAUAUCUACAGAAACGCUAAAGCAGCAGGAAUAUAUUUUAAUCAGAAUACAAGAUUAUUAUAGAAGAUUAGAAGAAAUGUUGGAAUCAGAAAAUACAGACGACUAUGAGCUUAUUAUAGAUUUAAAAAAAGAAGAAAAGGAACAUAAAUUGGAAAAUGAAUUUCUUAGGACAUCAAAUUCAAAAGAAACAGAGGAUUUUAAUAAUACUUUUAUAAAAAGUUCUCAAGAAAGUCAAAAACAAAUACUAAAAGCACAACAACAAAUUAUAAAAGAACAAGAUUUGUCAUUAAACAAUUUAUAUGAUUCUAUAUCUACUCAAAAAGAAUUAACAAUUCAAAUGGAAUCAGAGUUAGAGUUACAUAAUGAAUUUCUUGAAGAAAUGGAGGUACUUGUAGAUAAAUCACAAGGAAAAUUGAAGAAAUCUGAAAAAAGACUUAAAAAAGUUGUUAAAAAUAUUAAAAAGAAAGGAAAGUAUUUUCAGGUUAAAUAA